UUCCGGUAGAUGAGGUCAACUUUUCCUCAGAUCCGCCAUUUCAGUCCUGGACUGUCUAGUUGCACGCUACUUUGGAAUAUUCCGGGGUUGUCGAAACGCCGAACCAGGUUUGGUGUGCAGUCGCUUGCAGACGCGCCGGCGGCGGAGGAGUUAGCUCCCGCAGCUAACGACGUUAGCACGGUUCUGCAGCUGCGACGCCAGGCACCAAACUUUUUGUAUGAGUUGCGGAUAGGGAGAGGCCUCAAGCCUCGGGCGGGAUUCCACAGCCAUGGCCGGUAAUUUCGAUGCUGGGGACCGUGAUAGCUGGUACUGGGGGAGGCUGAGCCGCCAGGAAGCGGUGUCCCGGCUGCAGGGCCAGCGGCACGGCGUGUUCCUGGUGCGCGACUCCAUCACCAUCCCCGGAGACUACGUGCUGUCCGUGUCUGAGAACUCCAAAGUCUCCCAUUAUAUCAUCAACAGCAUCAGCAACAACCGGCAGAUGGGCUCAGGUUUAGCGCCUCCUCGGUUUCGGAUCGGGGACCAGGAAUUCGAUGCACUGCCUGCCCUACUGGAGUUCUACAAGAUCCACUACCUGGACACCACCACGCUGAUAGAGCCCAUCAGCAGAGCCAAACAUGGCGGGGUCAUCACCACCUCGCCUGUUGCCCCCCAGAAGUCCGAGGAGGUGGAAUUUGUGCGGGCGCUGUUUGAUUUUCCCGGCAACGAUGACGAGGACCUUCCAUUCCGUAAAGGCGAUGUGCUGCGAGUGCUGGAGAAGCCGGAGGAGCAGUGGUGGAACGCCGCGAACCAGGAGGGCCGAAUUGGGAUGAUUCCUGUUCCGUACGUGGAGCGGUACCGACCCGCCUCGCCCACGGCCAACAGCAUGGGCGCUGCCGGUGCUGGGACUGGACACGGAGGGCCCGACGCAGGGCCAGACGGAACGGUGUCUCUGCAGGGCAACCCUCUGGGUGACCCAGGCCAGUACGCUCAGCCUGUGGUCAACACCCAGCUUCCAAACCUGCAGAACGGGCCGGUCUAUGCCCGAGCGAUUCAGAAAAGGGUUCCAAACGCCUAUGACAAGACGGCGCUGGCUCUGGAGGUGGGCGACAUGGUCAAAGUGACCAAGAUCAACGUGAACGGGCAGUGGGAGGGCGAGUGCAAGGGCAAGCGAGGCCACUUCCCCUUCACUCAUGUGCGUCUGCUGGAGCAGCACCAGCCAGACGACGAGAGCUGAGGAGCCACCAAGUGCUCCGGACCUGGCAACAUGGACUUGUCUGGAGGUCUUUAAGCGGACGCCAUGAGAACAAAGCGUUUACACUGAUGUCCGACUGAUGUGGGUUUCCCCUCAAGCUCGUCCCGACAUGACAAGUUCUUUUAAGUUUACGCCUCACUUCCAGAACAAAGUCUAUUUUAUGACUUGAUAUAAAACCUUGACACAUUUUUAAUGAGAUAAUCUGAGCCGAAUUGAACCAUUGAGACCAUCCUGCUCCAUUCAAAGCCAGGGAGCCAUUAUGAGUUUAUGUUAUAACUUCAACUUUCGUCAUCUUAACGCCACGGUCCUGGAACACAUGCCGACAUGCUCCAAAAUACCCUGGAAAGAUCUGUGCAUAUGUCCCACCUUAUGUAUAUUGUUGACUUAAAGUGGCUGGCUUUAAAAGAGGAAAAACAAAAACUGUCGAUGGUCAGAAGAUCUGUGUUUUUCUGACACAGGGUGUUAAUUCCCACCACCUCAACCAACCUUGGUCAUCGGCGCAUCCGUUCUCUUCAUGAUUAAAAUAUUUUCAUGACUAAUAUCAUAAAAUAGACCUGAAUUUCUACCAUCAGUGUAACGCAUUCGUGAUAGCCUCAAGGACAAAUGGUAGCCCAGCUGCUAGAGACUCAAAGUAGAGCUGCUUUGAGUGAAACCUUUGAGGCUUCCUUGUCUUCCUGCAUGGCCAGCGUUGGCGCAACCCAAAGACCCGUUCAAUUUCCAAUCACUGUCACUCGAAACCCAGUAUCAGUCUGACUCUUGUUGAUCGAGAACUGAAGCCAGUUUUCCUCGUCUUCCUUGCCUGUUGCUGCAGUCGCACACAGAAGGGAAAAACCCAACAGAUUCUGGGUGCUACAUGACCCUAAAAAAAACUUUGCCUGACGACUGUGAAGGUCUUAAAGCGACACUACACCUUCUGUUUUUGUUUUUUUUGUGCUACACUUUGAAUCCGUACUUUUCUUGCCUAUUACUGUUGUCUGUCUUCCGAUUGUCUGAUUCAUGAUCGGUGCCUGUGACGGAUCUGAUGUUUGGAGGGAACAGCCAGGAUGUUUUGAUAAAAAAAAUAUAUACAUAUGUAUAUAUAUAUUGAACUGCAUCGAUUGUAUGUCUUUUUCAUGGGUUCUUGUGGGGGUCACAGUCAUAGUUGAAGUGUUGAUGAAUCCCAAUCUCCAGCUUCCAUUUCAGCAGGUAUUUGUGACUUCAUCCUGAGUAUUUUUGUUCAAGAAGUCAGCGGGACCCACCUCACUUGGUCUCUCUUUGCUCCAUCAGUUAUGUUCAAUUAAAGGUCUAUUUUCUGUG